AUGGAUCAACCGCUUUCCCUUAAACUGCCUUCAUUAAGUUUAAUUUCUCAACAUAAGCUGCAAAGUAUAUUAUCUCAAUGUGGGGAAAAGGCAGAUUUAAUAAUCGAUCCUGCUCUCAUCAAACCUUUGGAGAGAAUUUGUGGAGUCAGCUGGCUCAGACAACAUGGAGUUGAUAAAAUAUACAAAAUGGAUCCACAAUUAGGAGCUACAACAAACACCAACCGCAUAUACUUUAUACCAGCCAGCAUACAGAAGUAUAAAUGUGUUUUGGACCAGAUAUCUUCUGUUCUAAGUCAGAAUCCAGCUUUAAGUGAUGCUAAGUGUUUUAAUAUUAUAAUUAUACCCAAGGUUAUUGCAACAUAUGAUUCUAUAUUAGAGAAUCGAGGUCUAUAUGACAUUGUGAAAUUGCAUUCAUUUUCUUGGGAGUUAAUGUACUUAGAUGAUUACCUACUUAGCUUGGAACUUCCAUUUCUUUAUAAGCAGUUAUUUGUAGAACAAAAUCAUUCUCUUUUAUCAAGCAUUUCAAUGUCUCUAUGGAGUUUAUUUCAAGUGAUAGGGAAACCAAAAUGUAUUUUAUCAUUAGGAAAACUGUCAGCAAGUGUGUUAGAUAUUUUAGAAGUUUAUAAUGAGAGCUAUGCUCGAGAUUUUGUAAGUCCAGAAUCCCAAGAUAUAGGAGCCUUGAUAAUUAUUGAUAGAGACCAAGAUUAUGCUUCAAGCUUACUUACACCUGCUACAUAUAGUGGAUUGUUGAGUGAAAUAUUUGAUAUAAGCUGUGGCCAUCUGGAACUUAAUGGUAAAGAGACAAAAAUGAAAAGAGGUAAAUUAAAUUUUGUUACCCCAGAAGUAAAAACUUCAAAAAACACAAUUAUGAUGUUGGAUAGUUCAAUGGAUAACUUGUAUGGAGAAAUAAAACAUAGACAUUUUUCUGAAGUUUUAAGUGUAUUGAGUUCAAAGGCAAAGUUGUUAAAAAAUGAGGAUAUUAAAGCCUUAGGUAUUCAAGAAAUGAAACAUUUUGUUGCAACUAAAUUACAGCAAAUCACACUUUACAAGCAGAAUCUAGUCAAUCAUGUUUUAGCGAGUGAAACCAUUAUAUCAGAAAUGGAUAAUAAAUUUGAAAAUUUAACACUAACAGAGAGUGAAAUGUUAAAUAAUAGAAACAAAAAGUCAAAUUUUACUUAUGUUGAUGAGAAUUUCGGUACAGAUAUACAUAUUUAUAAUAGUUUAAGACUCAUGUGCUUGUUGAGUUUAACUCAAGGUCUGUCUUAUGAAGAAUACAAUUCUCUCGUAAGCAAAUAUUUAUUAGCAUUUGGUUAUAAAUUUUUGUAUGUUUUUAAUAAUUUAGUCACCGCAGGGUUAUUAGUGCAGCCCUCUAGUCCUAAGCUAUCUCUAACAAAUUUGGGAACUUUGAGUGACAGACUGCCAAAAUGGCAAAAUGAAUUCCAAACAGUGGCCAACAAGUUAAAGCAACUACCAUCAAAAUCUGAUGACGGAAAGUCACCAAGUUAUGUAUUUAAUGGUGGCUAUGUCCCAUUAGUUGCUAUUUUAUGUAAUGCUUUGUUAAGUUCAGAAUCUCUUGUUGAAGUGUUGGCAAAAUUGUCAGCUUUAAACGACUUAAAAGUGGGUGGUUCAGUUAUUGAUAAAUUAAAGAAUGGAAUCGAGACAUUAAAUGAGAAAUUAUCAAAUUUAAAUGUACAGGGUGAUUUGGAUUUUGGUUCAAAAGAUGCUAAAGCAUUGUCAAAAAUUCUGAAAAGUGAUAGUAAAUCUUAUUCUUACUCAUUAAAACCUAGAACGAUAUUAGUUUAUAUGAUCGGUGGAAUCACAUAUGCAGAGAUAGCUGCUUGUAAUGUUGUGCAGACUGCUACAAAUAGUAAGAUUAUAAUAGCAAGUGAUUGUAUUGCAAGUGGCAGUGACCUAAUGGCAUCAAAUACA